UUCCCUUCUCGCCGGUGUACUUCAUUUGAUAACUCGUUGCAUAGGUGAUUGGUUACUCACCACAGUGUCCGCAAACUGCCUUUUUCGGACUAACUGAUACCCUGACCUUGAUUCAAAACCAUAUACUGAAACAUGCAGCGCCGCAUCCGAAAUGCUGCUGACGGUGUUGAAGAGCCUGAAUUUCCCAUUUUACGAGGAGCAAUGAAUGCAUUUCCAAUGGCCCCAGUUCGCGCCGCAAAUCCUCCGCCUCCAAGAAAUUUCCGUCGAAGUUCUGCAAGACUCCGAGCAGAAUCACCAGACACCGCUAUUGAGUAUGAUCAAAAAGAGCUGGAUGCACUAGAACGGAUGAGAGACUUAGCUGAUCGUCAAAUGAAAGGUCUGUCCUUCAUAAAUGACAUGAGAAAGGACUCUUCUUUUGUGGUGGUCGAUGACGAUGUUCGCGCUGUACGCGAAGCUGAAGAGCGAUAUCUGAACAGGGAGGUGGACGCCCACUUGAAAGCUAUCUCCGAGGGGAAAAUCAACCGCGCAGCUAUUUUACUAAUAAUGUCACCGUUGUGUAAUUAUGUGGAACGAUUAGAAUUAGAAUUGAAAAACACCAGAAAUUUACUCUCUGACAUCCAAGGUCGACAAGCGGACCUAGCUGCUGAAUUGAAACAUGUCGAAACUAUGAACAAUAUUCUUAAAAAAGGAACUCACACCAAAUCUUGACUUACUAACCACUCUACAGCUCACUAAUCCUCC